UGUUGUGUGUCUCUUACUAUGUGGUUAGUUGCCUGCCCAAUUAGACAUAAACACCUUCUGCUAAAGAAAUGUGAAGAAACCAUUCUCCUAGUAGACAAUACAUCUCCAGAGAUCUGCUUCAGCCCCUCCUCUAUACUGCAUCAUGAAAAGGAGAAAACCUAAACUAAAGUGAGUUAAAAACUUUGUCUCCAACUGAAGAUUGUGGCUCAGCCCUGAGUCGAGCACUGAAGAAGAACAGCAUGACGUCUACCACAAAGAUCAUUGAGCAAGCUGACCUCUGCAUUCCACACCCCCACGAUCCGGGCGGUCUUCAGAAUAUGUUGGACGGAGGAGAAUAUGCUCCUUUUGUAUCUCCUCCCAUGUUAGAGAGCAAUUUUAUUCAGGUCAACAGGAGAGGUGAAUCCAUUUACCUUCAUAACAGAGCCAACUGGGUGACAGUUGGCAUCUGUUCUUCCAGUCAGACCCACAAGAUCCCCAACGUGAUGCUGCUGGCUCAUCUGACACCCACUGCCCAGAAAGAUGCAGAGCCCCUGUACAAAAGUCUCCUGACAAAUCCUUCUCCAGAAAGACUAGUGCUCACCAGGUUUCUCCCUCUACAGUUUGUGACUCUUACUGUGCACAAUUUUGAGAACAUGCGCCUCAAAAUAAAACUGGUGAGUGGUAGAGCCUACUACCUACAACUCUGCGCCCCUGCAUACAAACAGGACACAUUAUUUUGUCAAUGGGUGGAGCUCAUUUCCUUUUUAAAUCAGGAGAAAGCCAAAGCUUCCAAAAUGUCAGAAAUCUCAAGCCUCUCAGCAAUCACAAACAGCACCGACAUCACAGGAUCAACUGACAUCAUGGAUAUUGCAGCGUUUACAAUGGCACAGACCUCACACAUGUACACAUCCCCAGAUCCUGGACAUGGCAUAGAAAGCAUAGAUUUCUCAGAAUUCUCAGAUGUCACUGAUGUCACCGAUGUCACCGAUGUCCCAGAAAAUGAGGUCACAGAGGCUCCAGAUGUAAGAAUUGUCACAGAAGUCACAGAACUCACGGAUAUAGGUGAUGCCACAAACUUCUCAGGAGUCACAGUGGUGUUUGAAAAUGAUGACAUAAUAAGAGCCAAGCAAAGGGAAAAGGAAACAAAAGGAAAUGCCCUGAAGCCUGGGUGUCUGCGAGAUAAUAAAAUUAGGUGUGAGUUGAAAGAAACCUCAAAGCAUGUAACCAUCUCAAAUGUAACGCUGACUUUCCAGAAUGAAAGUUCUCAUACUACCUUGACAUCAAACAAAACUGAAACAAGUAUGUCCAAAGAGACUAAUAUUUCAGCCUCUGAAAUACAGAUGUCUGAUUUUAGAAGCAUGGAUCCCAAGGUUGAAGGAUCCAGGAGUGCGAGAACUGAUUCAGACACUUCAGGUAAACUACUAACCUACAAAGCAAGCACAACUCAAGAAAUUACAGCCAAUGCAAUAGUGGAAAAACAAAGCAGUGUCUUCCAUGUGGCAGAAAUAAAAUCUACAAUUUAAUCAUUUGCAUAAUUCA